GUGUGGGUAAGUGAGCUGCCAGCUACCCCUGGGCAGGAGCCAGUCUGCCCACUUUCUGUACUCCCCCACCAUCUUCUUUUCAAACCCUCCUCCUGAAAGCCCUUCUUGAUUGACCUGCCCACUCUAAAACUUCCUUCACAUUUUCUUAGGUCAUGUUCUUCUGGAGGUGUCUGUCCUCGAAUGCUCUGCUUUCGGCUCUCUCCAGAUAUUCUAAACAUCAUUUCUCCAUGUGUGAGAGAUGGUCAUCUCCCAUUAGUUGCAGCCCACACUUUCUUUUGAUUCUCUAAUGCCCCCUUCAUUCCUGCCAGCAUCCAGCAGGGAGGUGUCAAGGAAACUUGACAGCCUUUUCUUCUAAGCACCUGAACCGUUGCUUCUCCACCCUCAGAUAGAGUGCAGGAAGAUGGCGGAAUUGUCGGAGUUGGAGAGGAGCAUAGAGACCAUCAUCAAUGUCUUCCACCACUACUCUGUACGGCUGGGGCACCCAGACACUCUGAACCGGAAAGAAUUCAAACAGCUGGUGCAAAAAGAGCUGGCAAACUUCCUCCAGAGUAAGAAGAAGGAUGAGAAAGCCAUAAAUCAUAUCAUGGAGGACCUGGAUACAAAUGCAGACAAAGAGCUGAACUUCGAGGAGUUCUCCAUCCUGAUCGCCCGGCUGACGGAAGCCUCCCACGAGAAGAUGCAUGAGAAUGCCCCCUGUCCAGAAGGCCACAGCCAUGGGCCAGGCCUUGGGGAAAGUGGCCCUGGCCACAGCCACGGAGGCCACGGCCAUGGCCACAGCCACGGAGGCCAUGGCCACAGCCACGGAGGCCAUGGCCACAGCCACUAAUCAGGUGGCCCGGCCACCCUGCCUCUGCUCAACUAGGGCCAUAGUGCUGUGUGCCACACUGCCUGAGCUGCGGGCCUGGGGGGUAU